AUGGCCACCGAAUUGACCGUCCAGAGCGAGCGCGCUUACCAGAAGCAACCUCAUAUCUUCUUGAACUCCAAGUCCAAGUCGAAGUCCACCGCCGUCGGAAAGGGAGGCCGAAGAUGGUACAAGGACGUUGGAUUGGGAUUCCGCACACCAAAGACUGCGAUUGAGGGAAGCUACAUCGACAAGAAGUGCCCUUUCACCGGUCUCGUUUCCAUCCGUGGCCGUAUCUUGACCGGAACCGUUGUCUCCACCAAGAUGCACAGAACCCUCAUCAUCCGUCGAGAAUACCUCCACUUCAUCCCAAAGUACGCCCGUUAUGAGAAGAGACACAAGAACCUUGCUGCGCACGUCUCGCCAGCUUUCCGUGUUGAGGAUGGUGAUCAGGUCACCGUUGGACAAUGCAGACCUUUGAGCAAGACCGUCCGAUUCAAUGUUCUCCGCGUGCUUCCCCGAACUGGAAAGGCUGUCAAGCAGUUCAGCAAAUUCUAA